AAAUUUAUCCAGUAUCAAGAAACAGCCAAAGCGGGCAAACUCGAACGGCAGUCAUCUUUUUACAUAGUAAUAAUCAAAUCAAUAAGAAAGCUUAACGAAACGCUUGAAAUCGGUGAUGCUGAGACUGAACUCCACAGUUUUUUUACUUCAAUGCAUUCAUCUUCUUUGCUAUGCUCUUCUUUAUCACUAAAAUCUCAGUUACUAACCUCCUUCAUCACUAGCACUAACGAUAAUUGCAGAAGCCAGAAAAUCAAGCAUCACGUAUUUCAAGUCUCUGCUUUCUCUUACCAGAAAUUCAUUCAUUUUGCUAUUAAUGAAACCAAAAGCCACACCGCUUUGGUCCCUUCUCCUCUCCAGGAAAACUUUAGCUCCAUGACUGCAAUCGAUGGAAGAACGGAGCUUAAAAUGCUGUCAUUCCAGGCUCCCAAGAUUAGACUCCUACGUAGUUUGAGCAUUGAAAAUGAAGCAAUGCAGGUUUUGGAUUUUGCUGCCUUUGCCAGGCCAGAAUUUGAUGUACCUAUAUUUUGUGCCAAUUUUUUCACUGCUGCCAGCAUGAACAUCAUCGUGUUGGACCUUAAUCCCUUGCAUAAUGUCAUUGACCGAAGUGAUUACAAAGAAAAGUACUAUGAAAGUUUAUUGCCUGUAGGUCUCAAGUAUGCAGAGCUUUUUCCUUGGGGUGGAAAGCUCACAAGUGAGUCCUUGCAAUUUUUCUCACCAAUUGUGAUAUGGACCAAGUUUACCAAAAGCCAGUACAGACAUGAUGAUUUGUAUUCUGCAUUUGUGGAUUACUACAAGGCAUGGCUUCAGCUGGUUGACCUAGCUGUGGAAGAGAAAGAUGUAUCUCAUAUUAUAUGCAACUGUGAAGCACAACAUAAGUAUCUAACAUGGAGAGCAGAAAAGGAUCCAGGCCAUGGAGUUCUGAAAAGGUUGAUUGGUGAAAGUCUUGCAAAGGAUGUGAUAAAGAACUUCCUUUUCAAUGGAAUUGACGAACUAGGAAGCAAAGGAUUCCUGGAUUACUUUCCAGAAUACCGCUGCAAUGAUGGGAAUAUAAACGAGAAUCGCAGUAUCAUUGGAAAGUCUUUUGAAUAUCGUCCAUGGGAUGCAAAAGGAGAAUUCAUUGGUAACAAUAUCAGAAUUUAGUGUAUUAUAUUGUCUUAACAGCUAAUCCUUUUUUGUUUCCCUUGUUCCACCUUCUAAUGUUUGACCUGUUAAAUUUUGAAUCUAGAAACUUGUGUGGUACCUGUAAUCUUCCUAAGAAAAACUUGUAAUGUUAUGUAGUAUAACAGUUUCUAUUCUAUAUUUAGAACUUUUUGUGUAUUUAGAAAAGUAUCCAUUGUAACAGAAACUGGUGCAACAGUGUCAAAUUGUUUAAACUCU